AUGUUCAAUAUACUUAAAACUAAAUCUAUACAUAGGCAAGAUAAGUCGGAAGCCUACGAUGCAUUCAAAAGACCUCCAGACUUUUAGUUCGCUGAAAAGCAUGGACUAGCCUCUAGAUUUGCAGUUGCCGAAAAUGAAAAAGUAUAAUUUUGUGCUUGUUGUGGAAUGCCAAUCUAAAACGAUCAGUUACCAUUGUGUUGCGAUAAAUAGGAUAUUAAUUUCAAUGGGGCUGGGAUUCCAUUAUAUUUUGAGUUCAUCUAAUUUGCUGCAGUUUUGCUAGUAACCUUGGGAUUGAUAUCUGGUAUAUACAAUACUGUGACUAAUGUCCAAGGUAGCUCUUGUGAAGAGUAAUCAGAUACUUGUUCUUUGAAUUAUUACAAUAAAUACGCUUUGUCCAACAAGGCAGAAUAAUAUGAUGUUGGUCUUAAUGUUUUAGAUUUAAUUUCUACUAUCAUCAUAAUUGGUUUUACGAUUUACUAUAGAAGAUGGAUGAAUUUAACUGCAUAAGAAGUGGAUAACUCAGUUGUUACCAUCUCCGAUUUUUCUAUUUAAGUAAGCAAUUUGCCUUUAGACGCAACCGAAUAAGAAAUAAAGGAAUUUUUUAGUAAAAUUGAAAAGAAGGGAGUUGAAAAAUAAUUACAUAUUUAAAGUAUUUGUCUAGGAUGGAACAUUUAGUAGUACACUAAUACUCUCAAUGAUAAGUUAGCCAAAGAAAUUUAGAUUAGUAAUUUGAUAGCAUUAGAAUAAGCAGGAAAGUUGAAGAACAAAUAGCAAAAAGAAAUACUUGAAUAAGAAAUAACUGCACUAAAUAAAGAAAUUCAAGGGUUUCUUGAGGCAUUCGAUUAAAAAUUCUUACUAAGUGGAGUUGCAUUUAUUACAUUUAACACAAGCUAAGAAGCCCAAGAAUGCAGAAAGUUCCAUAAUCAAACAAAAAUUUAAUUGCUAUUUCAUUCAUUUUAUUAUUGCUUCAGGAAAAAGAGAUAAUUAACAAAAUUCAAAGGAAAAACACCAUAUGUGGUAAGGGCACCUGAACCAGGCGACAUCAUGUGGGAAAAUCUGGGAGAAAAACCUUGGAAAUAGAUAUCUAAUUAAACUUGGACAAAUUUAGCAACACUUUUAAUAUUGUGCGUAUGUUUUGCAGCUAUCCUCGGAAUUUCAAUUGGUUAAACUUCUUUAGCUAAAAGUGGAUCAAAAUCUGAGAGUAAAUCAGUAGGAUUUAUCAUCACUUUCUUGGGUUUAGUAGCUUCCUUUAUUAUUUCAUUCCUUAAUACAAUUAUGGCAUUCACAAUAAAGAAGCUAGUAUAAUAUGAAAAACCAUACACUUAAACUGAUUUUAAUAUUAGUUAUGCAAAUAAGUUAGGAAUGUCCUAAUUUAUUAAUACAGCCAUCAUACCAUUAUUAGUUAAUCUAACUCUAUAGGAUGAGGAACUAUUAAUAAGUUUAUGGAAAAGUGGCGGACUCAAUUCUGAUGUGAGUCUCAUCUUAAUUAUGAAUGCUAUAUUUCCAUGGUUAAUCAAUAUUUUAGACCCAUUCUACUUUUGGAAACUAAUCAAAAGAUAGAGAGCCAAAACUCUAGGAAGUUAAUGCACACUAACUCAAAGAGAAGCUAACCUGCUAUUUGAAGGAACUAAAAGUGACUUAUCUCAAAAAUAUGCAACAAUAGUUAAGUCAUUAAUGUUGACUUUCUUUUAUGCUUAACUAUUGCCUAUAGGAAUACCAAUUGCUUUGGCAUUUUUGCUGGUAAACUAUUGGAUCGAAAAAUAUUUAUUAUUAAAAAGAUCAUCAAGAAAUGCACCUUUAGGGAAGUAAUUGGCAGAGGAGAUGAUAGAUUUGUAUAUAGAAUUGACUUUAUUGCUUUUUGCAGCAGGAAAUUGUAUUUGGUAAAAGGUUGUAGUAGGGGAUAUUAAUGCAAUUGUUUGGACAUAGUUAGCGGUGGCAGCAUUUUAAUUCUUACUUCCUGUUGACUGGAUAUUCGAGUGGUUUUUCAACUUUGAAGAGGCUUAGACUACAGAAACAUAUGAACAACAGAAAAAUUAGUUAUGGGAUGAUUAUUUAAAACGAAAUCCUGUAACUCAAUAAAAAUGUAUUGAAUAAUGGAUUCAGGAAUAGGGAGGAGAAUAAAAUAAAAAUGUCUAAGGAUUCUUGUAAAAAUUAGAAAUAAAGUACUAACAAGACAUGACAGAGGCCCAACACAAGCUUAUUAAAAAGUUUGUACCAAAAGAUUUAAUCAAUUCUCAUUAUGAGAUCAGAAAAAAUCAAAUUCUACCUAAUAAUCUAGAAGAAUCUUUAUUAUUCAAAUAGUAAGGAAUGAGUGCUCAGAAGCCUGAUAUCAGAUAAGCAGAAUCCUUAUACUUUCCAAAACGAGAAACAGAAUUCGUACCAAAUAGGCCAUAAAUUAAAUAAGCUGAUUCUUUCACAUAUGAUUGA